AUGAGAGCAUCUCCGAAGUUGCCUUGCAGUAUAGAGCAGAGCAGACCCCGCCCCGCUGCCGGAUGGAAAAGGGCGAGUACGCGGAACCUUGCGGCGUCCCUCAUUUUUAACUUCAUCUGGACACCGGCCUCGUGGCAUUUAAACUGUACAGGGGUUGAUCCGAAUACAGACGUUUUGAUAUAAAAUAUGUAGAUGCGAGAUUUUUAUUAUACGAGAUUUUAAGUUGCAAUCGUAACUCUUUCGGUACGUGUGUUGCAUAGAAGCGCUACACAUGAUUAAUUCUGCUGCACUUAUACAUAUGUAUGUAUAUAGAGUUAUCAUCAGAAAACGUCCCCGUCUUUAUAGUGGCAGAAACUAAGGAGUUCCUCAAAGGUCGUGUACGUUCAAGCCAAAUCUCCUUCUAGGAUUAAAAAAAAGUGCAGCGUCUUUUUCAGCCAUUGUUUAGAAGAGAGGACAUUUCCAUAUCAUCGUAUGUUAAAUAUUUAAAAAUAUAUUUCAUGGAUAACCUGCCGGAUUAGCUGUGAAAAAUAAUUUUAUCCUACCAUGGCCGACUCAACCGCAGAAUGCAACAUCAAAGUGCUGUGCCGCUUCCGCCCUUUAAAUCAGAACGAGAUCAGGCGAGGAGACCGAUUCAUCCCCACGUUUCAAGGAGACGACACCGUCAUUGUCGGGGGAAAGUCGUAUGUGUUCGAUCGGGUUUUCCCCACCAAUACCACCCAGGAACAGGUCUACAAUACCUGUGCCAGACAGAUCGUCAAAGAUGUCUUGGAGGGAUACAAUGGGACAAUUUUCGCCUAUGGACAGACCUCCUCGGGCAAGACCCAUACAAUGGAGGGGAAGCUGCACGAUGAGGAGAGCAUGGGCAUCAUUCCCAGGAUUGCUGAUGACAUUUUCAGCCAUAUCUAUACCAUGGAUGAGAAUCUGGAAUUCCGCAUCAAGGUGUCAUAUUUUGAAAUAUAUAUGGAAAAAAUCAGGGAUCUUUUAGAUGUGACCAAAGCCAACCUUGCAGUCCAUGAGGACAGAAACCGGGUCCCAUAUGUGAAAGGCUGUACUGAACGUUUUGUGAGUUGCCCUGAAGAAGUGAUGGAUGUUGUUGAUGAGGGAAAGGCCAACCGGCAUGUCGCUGUUACCAACAUGAACGAGCACAGCUCCCGCAGCCACAGCAUCCUCAUGGUCGACAUCACGCAGGAGCACAUAGAGACGGAGCAGAAGCUCACCGGGAAGCUGUAUCUGGUGGACCUGGCAGGCAGUGAGAAGGUCAGUAAAACAGGUGCUGAAGGAGCUGUCCUGGAUGAGGCCAAGAACAUCAACAAGUCACUCUCAUCGCUUGGCAAUGUCAUUUCUGCGCUGGCCGAGGGAACGAAAGCACACGUCCCGUACAGAGACAGCAAGAUGACCCGGAUCCUGCAGGAUUCACUGGGAGGAAACUGUCGUACCACAAUAUUUAUCUGCUGCUCUCCUUCCAGCUUUAAUGAUGCAGAGACAAGGUCCACCCUUAUGUUUGGACAACGUGCAAAGACCAUUAAGAAUACGGUAUCCGUGAAUCUGGAGCUGACGGCGGAGGAAUGGAAGAAAAAAUUUGAGAGGGAGAAGGAUAAGAGCAAGUCGCAGAAGGAAGCUAUUCAGAUGUUGGAGGCUGAUCUGAAGUGCAUGCGCCAUGGUGAGAUGAAGAGACGCACAUCAAACCGAGCCGAAAGUUCCAGCUUGUUGUUAAAUUUGAACAGCAUAGAGAAAUACCUUCCGAAAGCAGAGCAACUGGAACCCUCAGAUGCUGGAAACACCUCCACUGUGACUUGUCACUCCGAGGAGCGUCUGAAAUAUGAAGAGGAGAUUAGCAGGCUGCACGAGCAGUUGGACGGCAAGGAUGGUGAAAUUAUCCAGCAGAGUAAGACGGCGGAAAAACUGAGGAAACAAAUCUUGGAGCGUAACAAGCUCCUGGCAUACACACGUGAGACCAGCGAGGAUGUACAUGGUCAUCUGAGGCGACUGCAGGAAGAAAACGACCACGCCAAGAUGGAGGUGAAGGAGGUGCUGUAUGCUUUAGAGGAGCUGGCACUUAAUUAUGACCUGAAGAGUCAGGAAGUGGAGGAGCAGAGUCAGCAAAGUCAGCUGCUGGCCACAGAACUCGUGCAGAAAAUGGCCCAUCUACAGGCCCUGGAAGAAGAGCUGUCCCGAAUGCAAGGGGAGAGCAAGCAGCAGCGUAAGCACAUUGCCAAGGUGCUGAACAGCCUCAUGCAGGACCUGAGCGAGUUCAGUGCCGUCAUGGGCAACAGGCAGAUCAGGCUGCCUGUGGAGAUCAGCAGUGCACUGGAGGAGGAAUUCACGGUGGCACGGAUUUACGUAAACAAGAUCCGAGCGGAGGUGAAAUCCAUGGUGAAGAGGUGCCGUCGCCUGGAGUCACUGCAGCAGGAGUGCCACCGCGAGAUGGAAGAGACGGGCUGUGAGCUGUCGUCCUGCCAGAGGCUGAUCACGCAGCAUGAAUCCAAUAUCUGCUCUCUGACGGAGUGCAUGCAGAAUGUGGAGCUGACGAAGAAGGAGAUGGAAGAGAGCUACAAGGUUCUAAGUGAAGAGAUGACAAAACUUCAGGCUGAAGAUACCCUACACAAAGGUACAGGUAGAGAACUGCUGGGGAAAGACAAUGACAAGGGGGUUGAAUGCCAGGAAAUGGAUUCUCAUCACGAGCCCCCCCACAUGCAGCUUGGACAUCUGCACGAUGACAUCAAUGAGAAACAAAAGAUCAUUGGUGACCUCAAAGAAUGGAAUCUGGAGUCAGAGCGGGAGUUGGAGCACCUGCAUGCUGAGUUUGCUCGUCUGAAGAUCCAGGAACAGGAGAAGUCUAAACAUCUAGCAGAUCUUAGAUGUAAGCUUGAGCAGCAUUACCAGUCCAGACAGGGUCUCAGAUCGCUGGAGAAGACUGUGCAGGAGCUGCAGUCCCUGCACUACCUGCGGAAGGUUUUUAUGGAGGAUCUCAUGGCUCAAUUUAGAGAUAUCAAAGAAAUGGAGUUUGCUACAGCGAACUGGGGAACAGACACUGAGAAACGCAGAAUUACCUUCCUGGAGAACAACCUGGAGCACCUUACGAAGAUUCACAAGCAGUUGGUACGUGACAAUUUUGAACUGCGCAGUGACCUCCCCAAACUGGAAAGACGUCUGCAGCACACAGCUGAAAGAGUGCACGCUCUGGAGGGGGCACUGAGGGGGGCCAAGGCGGGGGCUGCCCGUGACCGCCACCUGUACCUGCAGGAGAUGGAGCGCAUGAGGGAGGUCAUGCAGGCCAGGAGAUCCCAGCAGCACACAGAAGGUUGCCCGCUCAUGAUGUUCCAGCCCGAAGGCGAUUCCUCUCCAAAGCCAUGUCGCCCCCUACAGGCUAACACUGGCCAGUCUUCUGAGGUGAGCUCUGAUGCAGCCAGUGCAACCAGUUCCCUGGAUCCAUGUGUACUCCAAGCCAGUGACGCAGAAAACAGGAGAGGAGACAGUGAGAGUUGCUUGCUUCCUGUGUGUAAAAGCCCUCUACGGUGUGGCGGUGAGAUGGUUGCGCCCCCGAGGCUCUACAGUGCUCAGCAGGAGACUGCAACCAGCUGAAGGUGACCAAGUUACCCCAGAUCUCCCCAGUCAAUCUGCAUGUCAGCUGCCAUCAAAUGUUCUCUUCACAAUUAACCUCCCAUGUGUUUCCCAAGUCUGUAUACAUGGCAGAAAAUUCACUGGUCAUACAGCAUAUUCCCAUGUUGUUAAUGUCGAUAUUGAAGGAACUAGAGAUGUGUUGAACUUCCCAGUAUUCUAUGGUCCUCUUCAGGACUACAUGCCCCACUUUUCAGUCCGCAAGCAUGCAGUGGAGAACCACACUAACAUACAACAUCUCCAUAUGUCUCCAUAUCAUCAAUCCCCUUUGUCGUAACGUGGAGCAUAUAUAUAUAUAUAUGUGUGAGGGCUAACAAAUCCCUGUUUACAUUACCCAGCAAAGUGUUAGUUAAUGAAUAACAGGCAUAUAAAGACUGGAUAUGGAAAGACUAUAGCUGUUGAGAGAUUAACAUAUUAAUAUGCAUUAUGAUUAAAUGGGUAAUUGCCAAAUAUAUCAUCUCACUGGUACUGUUCUUGCUUUUUUUAUACUAUGGAUUUAUUAUUAAUUACACUGACUGCUACCAGUUAAAGAGAUAUAAAAAAUAAGUUAUUAUGAAAGAAGUAUAAAAUACUGGACUAAGGACCAAUAUGCAAAGAUGGAACCUUGAGAAAAUGUGAGCUUCAUCCAAAAGCUGUAACUGCCCAUCAGUAAACAGGCCUUGCAUAUAAAUGAAACCACCCGGUAUGCUUUGGAGCCUGAUGUACCCUCUUUAAAUCUGGCCUGAUCAGUCAGUUAAGGGAAGAGAAGGUCAAUAUCACCUCUUCCAGUGUCAUAACAUCUGGUUCCUUCGUCACCUUAGGAGAGAAGUAGCAGCUGCUCAUUGUCUUAUGUCUUGACUCAGUAAUGCUACCAAUUCCAAUCACAUUCUGGAUCACAGUCAUGACGAGUGCAGCCAAUGAAGUAAAUUACGAAAGUGGUUCUUCUGACAUUUCUGCCUACCCACACAAUUACUUCCCUCAAUAAAUAAGAGAAGGAGGGCGUGCGAUGACAGUUCAGGGUUAACACUUUCUUUUGCACUAUUCAGCAUGCAGUAUUUUGCUAAUAAAUUAUCCACCUGUGUCCCAGUUAAAGUUUCUUGUACACUUUGAAUAGCCAAAAUCAAAAUUUACAAUGUCUGGUCAUUAACAACAACCCAAAAAAUGUGCAAAUAUCAGUGUUGACAAAAGUUUUUAUUAUUUAAUUAUGUAUUUAAACAUUGCUGUGAUUAAAGACAAUCAUGUUUAUGGCAA